AUGAAACGAUUAUGUUUACUCGCAUGCGCGGGUCUGGCUGCAGCUGCUCCAUUCGCUUUCAAGCCGUAUCCCAUCUCUAACCCUUCUUGCCCAGUUCACCCAACCUCCGCCCAAGGACCAUGUGGUGACUUUACAUACAAAUGGUGCGACACUCCGGAAGGAUCUGACUGUGAUGGGUGCGCCAGCGCUGAGAAGGCGGCAUUGACAGGCCCAGCGGGAUUCUUUGAGGCGCCUCGGGUGGAAGAAGUCGUAUCGGCGGAAGAAUAUUUGCUGUACAAAAUGCUCGAAGUCGAGUACCUGGUCGAAUUCUCAAAGAACCCCAUGCCGUUUCAGAAACCUGUUGAUUUACCUUACUGUGGCCUGGCAAGUAGCGUGCAGAAAUUGGAGAAAAGGAAGAAGAAGUCGUGGUUGAGCAAGAUCCCAGGAGGAAGUAUCAUCGAAGCGACUGCCAACGAACUGAAAGGCGCCGCCAAACAAAUCGAAAAGGGAAUUGCCUCAAUCGAUAUUCCAUUUCUAGAUAAGCCGCCAAAGUAUGUUCCGCGGCCACUCUGUAUACCCAAGACAAUCCAAGUACCCAUCCACUUCACUGUCUUCACGACAAACGUCACAACCAGCCGCGUUGUGACCCCUGAGAUCUUGGAGCAGCAGCUGGCAUUGACCAAUGAGGCAUUCGAGCCACUCGGUAUCAGCUUCUUCUUUGCAACCAUGAAUUACCACGUUGGAGAAGAAUUCAGGACUUUUACCCAACACAUGAUGGCUGACAAUCCAAAAUCCACAACUGCCUAUCAGGCCAAUGCCGAGAGAAUCAAACAACAGAACCGAUAUGGCGGAAACGACGAAGUUAACAUCUGGGUUGUAGAGUCGAUCGAUACCCCGACAUGUGCAAAGCGGACAGACGGCUACUGCACCCCGGCUUCUUGGUUGCGCCAGACGAACCACCCUGCAGAUGGCUGUGUCAUUGAAAUUGAUUCCCUUCCCGGAGUCGCCUGGAGAUUCGAGGGUGGCACCGGUAGCACCCUCACACACGAGAUCGGCCACUGGUUCAACUUGUGGCACAUCUUCCCCGACGAAGAAGGAGCCGAGUGCGCGGGUUCAAGUGAUGGCAUUGCUGACACCUUCCAAUUUCCCAAUAGCGUACCCGAAAUGUUCGACCGAUUCCAGCGUCAAUGCUGCUCCUCGGGGACGGGCAGAGGCAAAACAUGGGACUUUUGCCCAGCGAACGAGACCAUCCACGUGGCUAACUACAUGAGUUACGGCCAAGACAAAGGCGUCAUUGUAGAGACCGACCCCGACGAAACAAAGCCAUGGACAACCAUGCAGCGAGCGAGCAUGUUCACCGCCUUCUUCACCAUGAGAAGAGCACCUCCAUCUGGAGGAAUCGAUCCAAGCUGUCUGAACCAACAUGUCGUUUUCGAUGUACCUCCUCCUGCCCCCGUAUUCCUGAACAGCCGCGCAGGCCUUGAAGGGCGUUCUCUGCGGGGCCUCAACCUCUUCAGACCCAGCGACCAAAUCAUGAAGACACUAAAGCGAGUGUGCGCCUCUCCGCCCGGACCCAACAACACGGAACAGGCCAUAGACGUGAUAAGCGGUGAGGAAAUCCACUGCAACGCAGCAACCAACACCUGCGAUCCGCCAUCAACUGGAGCUUCCUGUCCGGACUCGUCCCCACCACCCUGCAACCUCGAAGCAGAAGUUUGUCCAGAAGGCGUCUCGCCACCAUGUCCCCCAGACAUCGCUUCCUGCCCCGAUGGAAGCUCCCCGCCUUGUGCACCUCUCCCCAUUAUCUGCCCCAACGGCACAUCCCUCCAAUGCCUCCCAAACAACAACUCACCCAACCCAAAUAACAACACUCCUGUACCUCCAGCCACCGAACCCGACCCCAACCGCAACGCACCCUCCAACUGCCCAUCUCCCUGCAAUCCUCUCGGCCAUCACACCUGCGACCCAACCACAGCACCAACCUGCAUAUUCCCUGACCCGCGCCUUCUCAACCCGCGCUCUUUCUGCGCCUGUCGCCCGGGCUACAAAGCCUCCUCUUCUCCUCAAGCUGACACGGCUAAGCAGUGGAGGUUGCCCAUCGUGGGGCAGGAGCACCGAGUGUGGGUUCCGGAAGGUGUCGCGUGUGAUCAAUUAUGUCGGGAUGGGAGUUGUGGCGAGGUGGGAGUGGUGGAUAUUGCGUGUGCGGGUGGCGGUGGCGGUGGUGGUGAGGACCAGGUCCUUGGAGGCCGACUGUAG